UUUUGGUUUGCCCAAAUCAUAUAUACGUUCAAAGAAUUUGACUUUGCUGCCCUUCAAGAUUCUUCAACUCCUCAGUUCUCAGGUUGAAUUGGGAAGAUGGCAGUUAAGGAUACUAGUACAUUUGAUCCAGAAUCCGAGCCCUUUGUGGAGGUUGAUCCAACAGGGCGGUUCGGGAGGUAUGAUGUUCUGCUUGGCCAGGGUGCUGUCAAGAAGGUCUACAGGGCGUUUGAUCAGCACCAAGGUACCGAGGUUGCAUGGAACAAGGUGCGGUUGAGGAACUUCUGCGACAAUCCAAUGCUGUUGAAUCACCUCUACGCCGAGGUUAAGUUGCUGCAGGAACUGGAGAAUAAGUACAUUAUUGAGUGUUACAGUGUUUGGAAAGAUGUGGAGCGUCACGCUUUGAAUUUUAUAACCGAGGUGUGUAAUUCCGGGAAUUUGAGGGAUUACAGGAAGAAGCAUCGGCGUGUGAAUAUUAAGGCGUUGAAGAAGUGGUCUAAGCAGGUGCUUGAGGGAUUGGAGUACCUGCAUACUCAUGAGCCGUGCAUUAUUCAUAGGGAUCUCAAUUGCAGCAACAUCUUCGUCAAUGGGAAUAAUGGACAGGUGAAGCUCGGUGAUCUGGGAUUUGCAGCAAUACUGGGGAGGAGCCACAAAGCACAUACUGUUCUAGGGACACCUGAGUUUAUGGCACCUGAGCUCUAUGAGGAGGAUUACAAUGAGAUGGUGGACAUAUACUCGUUCGGGAUGUGCUUGCUGGAGAUGGUAACGAUGGAGAUACCAUAUAGUGAAUGUGACUCCGUUGUCAAGAUAUACAGGAAGGUCACAGCUGGUUUAAGGCCUGACUCCCUAUCCAAGGUGGCUGAUCCAGAGGUGAAGGCAUUUAUUGAGAAAGCCUUAGGCCAGCCGAGGGCAAGACCUACAGCCUCUGAGCUACUGAGAGACCCCUUCUUCCUUGAAGUUAUUGCUGAAGAGCCUGAUCCGAGCUCCUGAUGGCUUAUCGAAGCUACUGGUGUUUUCAGACAGAUCAAUGCUUGGCUGUGGGGCUUAACUCUCAUGUCUGAACUAGCAAAUGAGGUUUUUCUGUUCUGAGGUAAAAUGAUGGUAGUAUUGCAAACAUUAGUUGUUAACCCCUUGUAGUUGGAUUACACUCAAAUUGAAUUUAGUGCAUUUAUUUAUAUGUUUAGAGGUUUUUUUC